AUGCCAUUAUUCGAAAACGUUGAUCAGACUUCAACUCCACUCUUCCCGAACCUGACGGACAUAGAUAACGGCUUCUCAUAUAUGACCUCAGAGGAAGGCGAUUCCCUGCCCGACUUUACCCUCCUGCAGGGGUAUUCUCCAGACAACAUGUACUACACCGAUAAUGCUGCCAACUUGUCAUCAUACAGACCACCUCCAAUGGCCACCCUCGACCUUCAAACUAGCAACUUCCUCUCGUGCGAUAACGUUGAUAGUGCUAUGCUCCACACGGUCAACGAUCUAGACGCAAACCUUCUCGUUGAGAGACCCCCGCUCGCCUAUCAAUGUCCAUAUAGCUCUUACACGGACAACAGCAUCGCCAAGGGUUACGAUCAAAUCAACGUGGACGACUUCAAUCCACCGUACGAUCCAUGGUCGUUCCUGCAAGCCAAUCCCCCCUGGUUGGACUACUACUACUACUUCCCUUAUAGCGGUCCUCUGGAAAGCAGCUUCACUAAUCCUGACGACCCUGGUCUGUUUCCAACGAUGAUGGUGAACUUCCCACCGUCGGAUCCUGCUGUUGAUUACUCCUUGGGAAAUGUCAUGGAAGAAGCCGACGUAACAUUAGCCUCGCAUGCUAUCUGGGUCACCUGA